AUGACAGAAGGCGUGAGUCUGAAGAAGUACUAUCUGGCGCAGAUCCAAAAGCGCGAGGCUGAGAUCAACGAGAAGAUCCAAAACAUCAAGCGGCUGUAGGCUCAGCGGUUCGAGCUCAACUCAAACGGUACCCUGCACGCGCUGCAGGAGAACUACUCCUACGUGGGAGAGGUGGUGAAGGUGAUGGGCAAGAACCGCGUGCUGGUCAAGCUCAGCCACGAGGGCAAGUACGUGGUGACUGUCGACAAGGCCAUCAAGAUCGAGGACAUCAAGCCCAACCUCAGAGUGGCCGUCCGCUCAGACAACUACAUCCUCCACAAGAUCCUCCCCACCAAGGUCGACCCCCUCGUCUCCCUCAUGAAGGUCGAAAAAGUGCCAGACUCCACCUACGACAUGAUUGGAGGCCUCGACCAGCAGGUCAAGGAAGUCAAGGAAGUCAUCGAACUCCCCAUCAAGCACCCUGAAAUCUUCGAAUCGCUCGGCAUCGCCCAGCCCAAGGGAGUCCUCAUGUACGGUCCCCCUGGAACCGGCAAGACGCUUCUCGCCAGAGCCAUCGCCCACCACACCGACUGCACCUUCAUCAGGGUGUCUGGCUCGUAGCUGGUGCAAAAGUACAUUGGAGAGGGCGCCAGGAUGGUCAGGGAGCUCUUCGUGAUGGCCAGGCAGCACUCGCCCUGCAUCAUCUUCAUCGACGAGGUCGACUCCAUCGGCGGCUCCCGCAUGGAGGGACAGCGCGGAGACUCCGAAGUGCAGCGCACCAUGUUGGAGCUGCUCAACCAGCUCGACGGCUUCGAGACCACCCAGACCAUCAAGAUCAUCAUGGCCACCAACCGAAUCGACAUCCUCGAUCCCGCACUCCUGAGGCCUGGUCGCAUCGACCGCAAAAUCGAGUUCCCCAACCCCACGGUGUAAUCGCGCAUGGAGAUCCUGAAGAUCCACUCGAGGAAGAUGAACCUGAUGCGAGGCAUCGACCUGAAGCGGAUCGCUGAGAAGAUGAGCGGCGCUUCAGGCGCGUAGACGAAGGCGGUGUGCACUGAAGCUGGGAUGUUCGCUCUCCGCGAGAGGCGCAUCCACGUGACGCAGGAGGACUUCGAGAUGGCGGUGGCGAAGGUGAUGAAGAAGGAUAUCGAGAAUAAUCUUGCCAUCAGAAGGGCCUGGAAAUGA